AACAGAAGACUGUAUUUUUUCUACAUAUCCCCCCUUGAAUUUAAAGCAGGAUACGCCCCUGGUGGUGAGCCCUUUUGUCCCGUUGAAAAACGCUGAUCAUAUGUUUGUAGUUAAACGGGCAUAAACAUGUCGACGUCCCGUCCAGUCUAGACCGAUAAAUUGACGUUGUCUUUUGCAGAACAGCAAGUAACCAGCUCGAAGACGGAGUUGCGGAAGUCUGGACGGCAAAGGUCCAAGCGGAAACCACGUGUUUUGUUUUCGCAAGGUCAAGUUUACGAAUUGGAACAAAGAUUCAAAAUGCAGAAGUACGUGUCGGCUCCGGAGCGCGAGCAAAUGGCCCAAUCUUUGAAUUUAACGCCCACGCAGGUCAAAAUCUGGUUUCAGAAUCGCCGAUACAAGAACAAAAGGCAGACGCUGGAGAAGGCUGAAGUUGAAAAAGCCGCUGUGGAGCCAAUUAAUCCAGCGGGCACAGUUAAUAUGCCCUACUACGUGCCUCCAAUGCCUCAAGGAAACUAUGUUUUCCCCACUAAUUCCCCCCCGAGUUACAACGCUGCAGACUUCUUCAGCGCGACCGAUUACGCAACGUACGCAUGAAAUCGCCUCCGGAGAUUUACACUCUUUUUUAGCAAGUUUAGCCUCUCAGGUUGUUGCACAUAAGACUGAAACAUUGAGGUUGUAGGUUUGUAAAUACACAUGGAUUAGACGUGGAAAACUGUACAUAAGUUGUAGAU